AUGAUGAAUUGUUGUAGGCCAAAUAGACGAAAAAGUUUCUCCCCUCCCAAUACUCCCCCUUCAUCUGAUAUUCCAUUACCAUCUGAUGAAUAUCAAGAAAUCCCAGAAAACAAAAAUGUAAAACAUGAAGUUUUACUGAAGAUUCAAGAAUGCAAGGUUUAUCUAAUGGAUGGAGGUGAAGCAUUAGAACUUGCUAAUGGAGAUUUUACGCUUUUUCGACUAUCGGAUGAAUGCGUUUCUCUUGCUACUACAAUCAAAAUUGGAGAUGAACUUCAAUGGCCACUCACAAAGGAUGAACCUGUGGUGAAACUUGAUGCCCUAAACUAUCUCUUUUCAUUGCCAAUGAAAGAUGGUAAGCCUUUGAGUUAUGGGGUGACUUUUUCAGAGAAGAUUAAUGGAGAGAGUUUGGGAAAUUUGGAUUCUUUUCUUAAAGAGCAUUCAUUGUUCUUAACUGGUUCUUCUUCAUCAAGAAGAAAGGAGGAGCUUAAAUGGAAGGAGUUCGCGCCGACAGUUGAUAAUUAUAACAGUGUUUUGGCUAAGGCAAUUGCAGGAGGGACUGGUAAGAUUGUUAAAGGGAUUUUCACAUGCAGCAAUGCUUACACAAACAUGGUGCAAAAGGGAGGGGAAACAAUUUUGAUUCGAGCAGUGGAGGACAAAAACUGGAAAUCAACAAGUGCGAGUAAAUACAAUAACAAUGGUUCUUCAAAGAAUGGAGCUGUCUACAAAAGCCUUAAACGUGUGAGGAAGCUGUCGAAGAUGACGGAAAAGAUGAGCAAAGCUAUGCUUGACAUCGUUGGCGUAGCAACUGGAUCAGUAAUGGCACCCGUGGUGGUUCGGUCCCAAGCCGGAAAGGCAUUUCUCGCCAUGGUUCCUGGAGAGGUUAUUUUAGCUUCACUUGAUGCAGUCGACAAAAUAGUAGAUGCAGCAGAAGCUGCUGAGAAGCAAACUAUGACAACAUCCUCUAGUGCAGUUACAAGAAUGGUUACUAACAGAUUUGGAGAGGGUGCAGGAGAGACAACAGAAGAUGUUCUUGCAACAGCAGGGCAUGUUGCAGGCACUGCUUGGAAUGUGUUUAAAAUAAGAAAAGCCAUAAAUCCUGCAUCAUCUGUUUCUUCAGGAGUGAUGAAGAAUGCAGCAAAACAAAGAAACCCAUAG